AUGUCUCGCUCAUAUGAUCGCGCCCUCACUGUCUUCUCGCCUGAUGGGCAUCUCUUUCAGGUCGAAUAUGCUCUGGAAGCAGUGAGGAAGGGAACAUGUGCUGUCGGUGUCCGCGGAAAGGAUAUCGUGGUGCUGGGCGUAGAGAAGAAGUCGGUUCUCCAGCUUCAAGAUCCUCGUACUGUUCGCAAGGUCGCCAUGCUUGAUGAUCAUGUCUGCCUAGCAUUUGCUGGUCUGACGGCGGAUGGCCGAGUACUGAUCGACAAGGCCCGGAUAGAAUGCCAAAGCCAUCGUUUGACGGUAGAGGACCCAGUGACUGUGGAGUACAUCACUCGCCACAUCGCAGGCAUCCAGCAACGGUACACCCAAUCUGGUGGUGUGAGGCCAUUCGGUAUCUCUACGCUCAUCGUCGGCUUCGACCCUCACGAUACGAGGCCUCGGCUCUACCAAACCGAACCCGGAGGCAUUUACAGCGCUUGGAAGGCGAACGCCAUCGGCCGGUCUUCGAAGACUGUCCGUGAAUUCCUCGAGAAGAACCACAAAGAUGACAUGUCGCGUGAUGAUACUAUUAAGCUGACGGUCAAAAGCUUGCUGGAAGUUGUUCAGACUGGAGCGAAGAACAUUGAGAUCAGUGUUAUGGAGAGCUAUGGAAAAGUCACGAGCCUCGACUUGUCGCAGAUUGAAGCCAUCGUCACCGAGAUCGAGCGCGAGAAGGAAGCAGAGGCGGAACGGAAGCGUUCGCGACUAGCUGCGACUGCUGCGGGACAAGCUGCGAUGUCGCAGGCUGCUGGUGGUGGACAGUAA